AUGGAAAACGCAAACCUCUGGACCCGUCGCUCAAACACCAAUAAGCUGUCUCUGUCCAUGCGUGAUGCAGAAGGCAAAGAUGGAAGCAAGAUAGACUCUCCCCGCUCCUACAAGAGAUUCGGCGAUUCCUCCUCCCACUCUAAAACAAACCCUUUUAGCGCUCUUUCCCCUUCAGCGUCCAAGACUCCCUCGGCCAACGCUUCGUCGGCAUUUGGUCUCGGAAGUGGCGCAUUCGCUUCAUUUGGAUCUGCUAAAACUCCUAAGACUCCUGGGUCCAACGCAGGUUUCGAUUUCUCGGGCAAGGAGAAGAAAGACAAGGACCGGGAGUCUGUGGGAGACCAAACGGAGGGAGAGGCAGCCACAGAAGCUCUGUCCCAGACUGGCCAUUCAGUGAGCGAGCAUCCCCUGCGUAAUAGCUGGAUUUUGUACUAUCGCCCACCCGCCAACAAGUUUUCCGAUUAUGAGAAGUCUACAACAAAGGUUGCUACAAUAUCCACCGUCGAGGGCUUCUGGACGGUUUACUCCCACCUCAGGCGCCCUUCAGCGCUGCCUACGGUCUCGGACUACCACAUUUUCAAGGACGGUAUCCGACCCGUAUGGGAGGACGAAGCUAACAAGCGUGGCGGUAAGUGGAUCGUGCGCUUGAAGAAGGGUGUGGCGGAUCGUUACUGGGAAGACCUGCUUCUAGCCAUCAUCGGCGACCAGUUCCUCGAAGCCGGCGACGAGGUCUGUGGUGCAGUUCUGAGUGUACGGAGCGGUGAGGACGUCCUAAGCAUCUGGACUAAGAUCGAUGGUGGCAGAAACAUCAAGAUCAGGGAGACGAUCAAGCGCAUCCUUUCGUUUCCCGCCGACACGAACAUCAUUUGGAAGAGCCACGAUGACAGUAUCGCCCAGCGAUCGGCUUUGGAUGAAGCUCGCCAGCAGAAAACGACAGGGAGCGGUGGGCAGUCAGGGUCUGAGAGACGACGGCCUACGCUUUACGAUGACUCGGAUCGCGUCAAGGGCAAGAGUACCUCAUGA